GAAAGCCAAGCUUCUGCUAAAGAAGAAGCGUUAUGAAGAGCAAUUGUUAGACAAAACUGAAAACCAAAUUAGCAAUUUAGAGCGCAUGGUCCACGAUAUUGAAUUCACACAGAUUGAGAUGAAAGUGAUUGAGGGUCUCAAAAUUGGCAAUGAAUGUUUAAAUAGAAUGCACCAAGUUAUGUCAAUAGAAGAGGUGGAAAGAAUCAUGGAUGAAACCCAGGAGGCUGUAGAGUACCAGAGGCAAAUAGAUGAGAUAUUGUCUGGAAGUUUCACUACAGAGGAUGAAGAUGCUAUUUUAGCUGAAUUAGAUGCCAUCACUCAGGUAAGCACCAAUUCCCAAGUCAGGGACUUUAGUUCAGGAGUUGUAUUUUGAAGGGGUAUCUUUUAUG